AUGGAGUUAACAAAGCUGCAUGUGAUAAGCGAUUUCGUGUCACCAGUUGUUCGAGUACCUCAAGUAUACAACAGCCUCUGGAAAUGGGGGGCUUUGAUUCUAGCUCUAAUCGCUACUUUCACAAGCAUUUCCACCAGAAUCAAGCAUAUUAUCAUCAGGGUCAGAUCGAUCAAACGCUCCUCUUCUAAGCAGCUUCUGCAGUGCUUCGACGAUGAUUUUGACUUCUCCGACGACGAAGAUGACGUCGACCUCUCGUCGACGCCUUCUGAUGAUGAUGAAAGUGGUGAUGAUGAUUCGGUGGAUGGCGGCGAUGAGCCGGAGCUCCGGCGAGAUUGUUUCUCGUGGUCCGACUUUUCCGCGGGGAACAGUGUUGUUAAGCUGUGGGAUAGCUUUGGUCUGAAUUUGGACUUCCAGGAUUCCUCGGAGAGUGAGAAUCCCACGUGGGCUUUGGACGGAGAUUUGAAAAUCAGCGAAUUUUUCGCGGGGAAGCGGAAUAUUCCGGCGGCCGGAAAAUCUUUGCCGGCGGUUGUUUAUGUGGCGGAUAUGAGUGACCAUGAUAGACUUGUCUUGGGUGCAUAUGAUCGGAGAAUUUCUAAUGAUAUUCCGGUGGUGAAGUGGGGCCCGAUUGCCGGCGGCGAGUUGAGAAGAAGGGGAUUAAGAAACGUUACGUCGCCGUUAAAUAAUUUGACGGAGAGUGAUGUGGAGACGUGGUGGGACGCUGACGCCGUUAUUGUAAAUUAG